AUUAACGAUCAACUAGUAAAUAAAAUAUAUACAAUAUGCGAUUGCAAAACAAAGAUUUUGACGGUUCCAAACUUGUAAGUUCAUUUUGUAUAUCCUUCUUUGUUUCUAGAAAAAAAAAUCAACAUUUAUUUAAUUAACUAUUUUUAUUAAAUAAUUUAUUAGAAUAAGCGAAGAAAUUUUGUGUCAUAUCAUGAAUAGAUUGCAAAGUCAAUUUACUGCAUCAAAUCCUUCAGAAUUUCAUUUAAAUAUUCUAGGAGCUAGUGAACUUUGGAGAAUUAUAUUAUGCGCUACUGGAGAUGUUACAAAACUUCAUUCCAAUCCAUUUGUUAAACGUGUUAAAGCAUCUAUCAAUGAACUCGGUGGAUUACUCCGUGAAAAGACGGUUGACAUACAAUUAUUGCAACAGCUCUUGGAAUGUAAAAAUGAAAGAUUAUUUCAACAUUUUGGUGCCGCUGUUUCCAAAAAGAAAAAUAUAGGUGAUGUGAUUGUUUCGCGAGACGAAAUCGCGGAACUUAGAAAGCUUUGUAACAACUUUCAAACUCAACUUGAUGUCCUUUUUAAGUUUUAUACCGACUUUUGUCCAGCUUCCCAAGUAGAAGAUGCGGAUGAUUACAUCCAAGAUGUAAAACAACAUAUGCCAAAUUCAAAUAAAGUGAUGUUGAAAGAGGCAAUGUCACCAGAUUAUUGGGCUUUUCAUGGAAAAACUUUGGAGAGUGCAAGGCGUUGCUACAAAUAUAAUCAAUCUCGAUCUUUUCGAAAUAUCUUUGAAGUUUGUAUCCGGGAAGAUACUGCUGCCACAAAAGUGGAAUAUAUAGCGCAAAGAUUGAUACCGGUAGUUUUUGAAAGAUAUAAUACUGUUUGUAAACAACUUAAGGAAUGGGACAAACUUAAAGUUUCAGAUGUGGCUUUGUUUUGUGAAAAUGUUACAAAUAUUAAUGCGGAACUUGAUUUAAUAGAUGGAUAUAAAGGUCACAAGAGUAACAAAUUCGUACAAACCCUUGAGUAUAUUUCAAGGAUUCCUCACUGGAUUGAACGACUCAAAGAAUUAGAAACAGUUUUACAACUUUUUAAUAUAGCACGUAAUAAAGAUGAUUGGCUAAAAGAAUCGAUUGACUCUUUAAAAGGCGACUCCUUAAAAGACGAUUCUUUAAAAGGCGAUUUUUUAAAAAACAAUUCUAUGAAACUUAGUCAAAUAAUUAGUUUUUUCGCUAACCUUGAUAAAAAUCUUUACAAUGUUAAUGAUGAAUGUUGGAAAUUAAUAAAAGAGUUAUCAAAUGCAGAUGAUUUUAUAAACUUUUUAAAAGAAAUUGCUGAGCAUGAUAUCAAAAAUUUGAUUAAUGGUGUGGAUGACCAUUCGGAUGAAAGAUUGAUUCAAGAGGAUACUGUUUCAUCGCUUAUUCAAGUAAAGCGAUUUUUAUUACCUUUUAUGAAUAAUAAUGAAAGGGAAACUAUUAAAAGCUUUUUAGUUUCGUUAUCAAAUGUUAUAGACGAGAAUCCUACUUUAGGGAAAAAGAUUGCCUUAUGUAACAGUUGCAAUAUGGCAUUACGAAAUAUGUAUCAGAGCAUUGAAAAUCGUGGUGAAGCUACUAAAGAAAAAAUUAAGAAUGCCGUACAAAAUGGAUCUUACACCUUUGGACGGGAUGAAAAAGAAGACAAGUGUUUUGUUUCGUUAAAAUAUACUUCUAGGACUUCUAAAUCAGAAAUGAUAAUGACUUAUAAUAUGAAUGAAAUCUUGGAUUUACGUGGACGGGCUCUUUUGAUUGCAAAACCUAAGAUAAGCGAAAAUGAUGUAACUCAUGAAAAAGAUGAGGAAAUGCCAAAAAAUAUUAUAGAUGAGUUUGUUGUUCAAGUUGAUUUAGCACAAGAAAUAAUUGAUGUGCUGUCCUUGUUAAUUCAGUUGGGGCAUUUUGAUUACAGAAAGUUUGAAAAAGAAUUAAUAGGAAAAAAUAAAAAAGAUAGUAUGAAAAAGUAUUUGGAAUUCUUAAGGGGCGAGCUCAAAAAUUGGCAAACUAUAGUAGAUAAUGCACAAGAAGAGUGUUAUUAUUUAACAUUCUUCCCUGCCCGUCAUAUUUUGGCGUUCUAUGAUUAUUUCACGUCAGAAAAAUUAGAUGAAGAAAACGAAGAAGAAUGCAAAACAUUAAUUAGAUUUGUGAACAGCAAAGCUCAAUUACCACCUCGUAAGGACAUUAAAGGAAUUUCACGUGGAUCUAAGGAUUAUCUUAAAAUUCUUUGUGAAAUUGGAAAUGAAUUAGAGAAGAUUUUCAGAAAUAUUCAAAAACAACCUCGUAGACUUAAGGCUGCUGGACAACGCGUAGCAUCGGAUGUAGUUAAAAGAGGAAAAUUAUUUAUUGCUGCUUGUGCUGACAAUACAAAAGUUCCAAACAUUAUUAUGUCAUUAUAUGCUAAUCAUGGAUAUUAUCCGGAACCGUGGCAACUCCUAAUAUGUACUUCUUCAACUACGAUGGAAGAACUAACAAUCUUCAUAAAAAGAAGUUACUUUGCAUCAGAUAAUGGCUAUGAAGACCACUUAUUUUGCAUUGCAAAUUUAGAAUUAUUGGACUUUGAAUUACAAUAUGAUUUAGUUAAUCAAAUUAGGUCAAUGCAAGAACAGGAGGGCUAUCUUUUAGCACUCAUUUGUUGCAGAGAGAAUGGAAUCCAUCAUCAUAUUUUAGAUCAAUUCUCUUCAGAUGUUAAGGCAACCAAUGGAUUAAAUAAUGAUUCCAUGAGAGGAAUUUAUAGGGAAUUGUGUCAGAAUGUCAUACGUGUUUCUUCUGAUUUAUCAGGACAGGGCAAAACUGAAUGGAUUAAAGAAGAUAGUUUCAAAAAAAAGAAAAUUCCACGUAGCUUUUUAAUAAGCGAUGAUAUGGAGUUUGGCAGGCUUGUAAGUCAAUUCAAAGAAUGUAAACUCCGACCUGUAGAAAGUUUACACAUAAAUAUAGUAUCAGCUAACUAUCCGGGAGACGUCAACAUGUUUUUAUUUGAAUUAUUAACUUUGGGUAUUGUUUCUACAAAUGUUGAUAUAGCUUGUCUGCCUCCAUCAGAAACACCUACACAUAUAUUUAUCGAAAUAGCUUCAACUACAGAACAGCAUUUACUUAAUUCUCUUCCUAUGACAGGAUAUUUAUUAUUCAAUCAUAUGUCUUGGAAUAUUAAAAGUUUGAAAGCUUCUCAAGAAAUUAAUAGUCCAAUUCAGGUUACUUGUCAUUAUUUGAAUUUAUUGGAUCGUAAUGAUAUAGAUUCAAAAGAAAUCCUCUUCCGGACAGAUAAAGCAAUUAAAGAUCCACUACCAGUAGAACGCUGUCAAAAUCUUAUUGAAAAAUAUUUCUUUAAUAAAGGCAACAAAGAUAUUUCUUCCUUUAGAUUUGUUGAAAUAUUUAUUAAUGUACUCGCAGAUCAAUUAGUUCGAUUUUCAUCAAGUCAAUUUUUCACUGUAGAUAAUCUCAAAUUAAUGGUAAAAGAAACUAACAUUAGAAAACUUAUAUUAAGUACCUUAUUAGAUGUUUCAAAAGAUUUUGCAACCAGAUCUAUUAAAACAAAAGAGGCACAGCUAGAAUCUACAAGCGCUAUAGAUGCCGAUGAUGAAAACGCUCGUCUUGGUACAAUUGUUCAAUGGGACGACUCAAAUCAUCUUAUAGUAUUUUUCAAUUCUCAAACUCCCGAUUCAAUAUCAGCGUUAUAUCGAGACAGAAAUAAAGUUUAUGAAAAUGUAAAAAUUUUAUUAAAAAGUCAAGUAAUUGGAGAUCGAACGAAAUGGGUGUUAGAUGAUUACAAUUCGAUGACUCCGGAAGCUCUUUUCUUAAAGUUAGAGUAUUUGGCACGAAGGUCAACAGAAAAAUUGGAUCUUCCUGAAUAUGCUUUAUCUGGUGAUAACUUAAUAAAGAUGGCCUUAAUUCUUUUAAGAGCACGUGCGAAUAUUCCAGUGAUAGUUUGUGGUGAAGCAGGAUGUGGCAAGACAAGUUUGAUCGCUUAUUUGGCCCUGAUGGUUGAAGUUCAAUUCCAGGCACUUAACCUUCACGCCGGAAUCGAUGAAAAAACUAUUAUGAUGUUCAUGAAUGAUUCUUUAGAAAAAGCAGAAAAAGGAGAAAUUUGGUUAUUCUUUGAUGAAAUCAAUACUUGCAAUUAUAUAGGUUUACUCGCUGAUUUAAUAUCCCAUCGAAUGCUUAAUGGGAAACCAAUACACCCAAAUAUUCGUUUAUUCGCUGCUUGCAAUCCAUACCGUCUUCGUACGAAAGCUCAAAGCCAAGCCGGUUUGACAAAUAGAGUUAAAAAAUUCGAGGAACAAAGUAAACUUGUUUAUCAAGUCAAACCACUUCCUGAUCAAAUUUUAGAUUAUGUUUGGGACUACGGUAUUCUGAAACCAGAAGAUGAAUACAGAUAUAUUCAAAUAAUGGUUGAUAAAGAAUUAAAAACUUUAGCACAUCCUGUAUUUGCAGAACUUCUAUUUGCUUCUCAAGAAUUCAUUCGUAAUGCUGAGGAACGAUAUAGUUUGAGCUUACGUGAUGUUAAACGAGCUAUAAGAUUAGUGAAAUUCUUUCAUAAUUCUCUUCAAAAUCGUCCGGUUUACAGGAGAGGACAUACAUAUCCACCAUCUGGUAAUCCAACAAUAAAGACCAGGUCUUAUGUUCUGGCACUUAGUCUUUGUUAUCAUUCUCGGUUAUAUGAACAAGAUUUACGUAAACAAUAUCGACAAGAAAUGGAACAAAUAUUACAUGAACAUAAUCCUUAUGUAGGAGAAAAUAUGUUUGCUAAAAUUAUUCGUGAAGAACAGGAAGAUUAUAUUAAUAGGAUGCAAUGUCCACCUAAUACGGCAUAUAACGAAGCUUUAUUAGAAAAUGUUUUGGUUAUGAUCGUAUGCAUUUUGACAAAAAUCCCUCUGUUCCUUAUAGGAGCGCCGGGCUCUUCAAAAUCGUUAGCAGUUCGUCUUAUAAGCUCAAAUUUACGUGGUCCUGAUUCAAGUGAUAGGUACUUUAGAAAAUUAGCACAAGUUUACUUAAUUCCACAUCAAGGCUCUUCAUCUUCAACUUCUGAAGGUAUCAUAAAAGUUUUUGAGAAGGCAAAUAAAUUUCAGGAGACAACUUCCAAACAAUUUCCUGUUGCUAGUGUUGUUUUACUUGAUGAAGUUGGUUUGGCUGAAACAAGUCCUUUCAAUCCAUUAAAAGUACUUCACUCUUUGCUUGAACCAAGUUAUCCAGAUACAGAGCCAACUGUUUCAGUGAUAGGGAUAUCUAACUGGCGCUUAGACAACAGUAAAAGUAGUCGUGCAUUACUUGUUCAAAGACCACAAUUUAAUUUGAAUGAUUUAGUUGAUACUGCUGAACGCUUAUUAAAUGAAAGAGCUAUUGCAUCUGGUCAGAGAGGCGCCUUAAGACCUUUAGCUAAGGCAUAUUCAAAUUUUGAAAAACAUGGCCAAUCUUCGUCCAACUUCCACGGUCUUCGUGAUUAUUAUGCACUGGUUAAACGUCUUUCAUUAAACGAAAUGACUCCGGAGAAUAUUCAAAUGGCAUUAGCCCGUAAUUUUGGAGGAACAGAUAAUCAUGUCAAAUUAUGCGAUCAAUAUUUUGGAAAUGUUCUAAAAAUGUUUAAUAACCAUAAGCCAUGGACAUAUAAACAAGUUCCAGUCGAACAAUUAAUUGAUACAAACUUAAAAGAUUCUGAUGCACGACAUUUAAUGGUUAUCGGUAAAAGUGAUUCAAUUGUAAAUUUGUUGACUUAUCAGCUAAGAAGUAAAGAUCCUGUUGUAAUUCUAGGAUCACAAUUUCCUGAUGAUCAAGAAGAUUAUUAUUAUAGUGUUUUGAGGAGAAUCAUGAUGUGCGUUGAAGCAGGCAGACCAUUGAUUUUAACAGAUUUAGAAAUAAUUUAUGGGAGUCUUUACGAUUUAUGGAAUCAAAAUUAUAUUGUGGUGGGAAGUAAAGAUAAUGUAAAAUACUUUACGAGAGUUGCACUUGGAGCGUAUGCCAAUCCUAUGCUUUACGUUUCGCCGAAUUUUAAAUGUAUUCUUGUUAUGGAUGAGAAUAAAUUGGCUUUGGCUGAUCCUCCACUUCUUAAUCGAUUUGAAAAACAAAAAAUGUCAAUUAAUGACAUACUUGACAAUAACCAAGAGUUAUUUUAUGAAAAUUUAAAUGAUUGGGCAAGAAAAUUCUCAACUUUGGUCGACAAUAAUCAAGCAACUCAAUCACGUAAUAAGUUUGCCCAGAAAGAUCUAUUCAUUGGAUUUGAUAAAAAUGAAACCUUACAAAGUUUAAUUAUUGACAUUACGAAGAAUAAUCCCGAAGCAGAUGAAGAAGAAAUAUUAGAAAAAUGCAAAGAAUGUUUAAUUGCAACGGCGACUUCUGAUGGUGUUGUGAGAGCUGAGUUAUCAGCCUUAGAGCGAGAUGAAUUUGAAAAAUGGAAGCAUGUUUAUUUCAAUCAACAAUAUCAUGAUAGUCUUUAUGAUUACUUUACUGAUUACUUUGAUAAUCAAGAAACGUCAUCGGAUCCUAAUGGACAUUUAUUAAUUAUUAACACUUUCUCCAAUAUCAAUACGGAUGUUAAAUCUUGUUUACAAAAAGUUAAUUGUCAAGUAGAUAAAUUGUCGAUUUUCAAGACUGAAGCUCAACUUUCGAAUCGGGUAAAACACUUUUGGUCUGAAGAAUCAAAUGAUCAAAUGCUAAUUCUCCAAUGCGAUGUAACUACUGUUAGUUUUGGGUGUAUUAAACUAGCUAAAUUUAUCAUCGAACAAUUCCGAAAUGAAUUUAUAGCAAAGAAAGAUCAACCUAUGAAGCACGCGUGUAUCAUUCUUCAUAUUCAUCGAGAUCAGGAAUCCACCUUUUCAUCUUUUAAUUUCAUGUGCGGCUGGAAACAAAUAACUAUUGAAACAUUAUCAGGAAGUAACGUUCCUACAUCAGGUCUCUUGGAUGGGUCUUUAUCUCGUAUUGUUGAUUCUACUUAUCCAUUUGAAAAAAAUUUUACAACAAGAACUAUUAUGGUGUCUAUCAUGUAUGAAAUAUCCAUCGAAAGAUAAGUCAAUCAAUCAUAUUAAAACAUUAAACGAAAAAAUCCUAAAGUAUCCAAACUUUAUUAAAUGUUUGAAAGUAAGAAUCCUUGAAUGGAUCAAACAACAACCUACAAAUAAUUGGCAAUAUAAAGUCGCAUCAAAUAAACAAAAUUUAUACCCAUACCCUUCAUUUUCUGCAGCACUACAAACUCACAUUAGAACACUGUUUAAGAAACCGAUAGCUCAAAUUUUAUGUGCUUUGGAAAGAUUAUCAGCAACAAAAACAUUUUUCUAUAUUAACGAACGAGCAAGAUCAAAAGGAAACUAUGAGAAAUUACUUAAGUUUUGGGAACAGGUUUAUAUGGAUAAGAAAAUUGUCAAAAUUGAAAAUACGCAAAAUCC